UGGGCACCGUGGGCAACAGCCUGGUGCUGGCCGUGCUGCUCCGCAGCGGCCGGGCGGUCAGCACCACCAACCUGUUCAUCCUCAACCUGGGCGUGGCCGACCUGAGCUUCAUCGUGUGCUGCGUGCCCUUCCAGGCCACCAUCUACACCCUGGACGGCUGGGUGUUCGGCUCCCUGCUUUGCAAGGCCGUGCACUUCCUCAUCUUCCUCACCAUGCACGCCAGCAGCUUCACGCUGGCCGCCGUCUCGCUGGACAGGUAUCUGGCCAUCCGCUACCCGCUGCGCUCCCGCGAACUGCGCACGCCUCGCAACGCGCUGGGGGCCAUCGGGCUCAUCUGGGGGCUGUCGUUGCUCUUCUCGGGGCCCUACCUGAGUUACUACCGCCAGUCGCGGCUGGCCAACCUGACGGUGUGCCACCCGGCGUGGAGCGCGCCCCGACGCCGCGCCAUGGACCUCUGCACCUUCGUCUUCAGCUACCUGCUGCCCUUGCUGGUGCUGGGGUCUGCGGUGAGAUCUCUGGGGCUUCACAGCGGAACUUUGGCUGAUUGGGUGCGAGUGGGCGCGCUCAGGACAGCGGAGCUGAAAACCGACGUAGAAAUCCCUGAAUGCGCGAGGCUGGGGAGCACGCACCAGGCGAAGGCUCUUUGCUCGCGGCCACCUUGA